AUGAGGAAUCUGGCGGUGUUGUGUCGGCCAACAAGGAUAAGGCCAGUGGUGCGAUUUUUUGGCCGAAAAGGACCUAAACUACAUCUGCACGAUAUAAAGCUGCAAAGUCUGCAAGAUAAACUUCGUGUUGGCAAAGUUCAUACAACUGGUUUGUUUGAGCAUGCCCGUAAUGAUUGGUCACGAUUCCGGAAAAUCGUAAGGUAUGCGGUGCAUGAAGAUUAUAGUUCAAAUAAGGGGAGGUGUGUUUUGGCUAGAGAUGUGUGGUUGGGCGAGAAUCGUGGUGGAAUGAAAAGCUUACAUGAAGGUAUUUGUAUAGCAACUUCAUUUUCAUUUAAGGAAGACUUUUUCUCCCAAAUGGAGGGUAUACCUGCAAGGGUCAGUAUGGACGAUCAGAUGGAUUGCACGUCGGGUUUGUUGACUCAUCAUGAAAGGCCUGAAUGCAUCGAUUCUGCAACCGAACCGAAGAGACAAAAACUUGAUGAUGAUGCUGCUGAAAAAUUAGCUGAAAAUGCGAGUAGAACCAAGAGACUAACCCAGUUGAAGAAAGAUAUCGCUGUUCUGGAGGCGGCAGUUCGACGCGGGCAAGAGACGAUGGAAAAAAUGUUGCACAUAGCGGUAGAAGACAUGUCAAUUGAUCCGCUGUCUCGACAGGAAGAUCUCUUAAGGAGGCGUGAUUCACUAAUGGCUGAACUUAUUUCUGCGCAAAACAGAGCAGGGAGAAAAAACCGAGUGCAGCGUUUGGAAAACGGUUCUCUGGUAGUUAAUUUAUUGGAGAACAGCGGGGAGAACAAUGAUACUCCUUUUGUUAAAGUUGAAGCGUGGGAACUGAGGAAAUGUGGCUGUGAUUUUUGCGAUGUUUACAACUCAUCACGCAUUGGACUCCCUCCACGUGUAUAA